AUGAUGAACAAAAUAAAUUGGAUUGUUCUGCAUGGUUUAAUCGAUAUACCAACGGUGUUGACGACUGGUGAAAGAACUUUUAUGAAGACAUCAUAUUUUAAUACUCAAGGAGAUGAAAAAGCUGAACAUCCGCAAUCGUUAGUCGAUGACUUGGAGACUUUUAUUCAAGCUUUUCAUGUAAUUCUUUUAGCUAUUCAGGAUCUAAGAAGGUUCUCCGUUGAAUUAACCAAAGAUGUUUUAAGUAUAUCUUCAGUUAAUGAAGAAGAAAAUGAGGAUGAUAAGGAAUUUUCUGAUGGAUUUAUACGCCAAGAACACGAAUGCGUAUUAGACUUUGGCAAGCAUUUACGAGGUGAUGUUGAUGAAAAUGUUAAAGAUACCGGUAUUGAAGAAGGUGAAAGUACUAAGGAUGUAAGCGAAGAAAUGCUAUAUCAAUAA